AUGCCUCAGCAAUUGAGUUCCAAGGACUCGUCGCUGUUCCGCCAAGUGGUGCGCCACUAUGAGAACAAGCAGUACAAGAAGGGUAUCAAAACGGCCGACCAGAUUCUCCGCAAGAACCCCAACCAUGGCGAUACGCAAGCGAUGAAGGCUCUUAUUAUGAGCAACUUGGGGCAGCUGGAGGAGGCCUUUGCCUUGGCCAAGGCGGCGCUGAGGAACGACAUGAAGUCGCAUGUGUGCUGGCACGUCUUCGGUCUCCUUUACAGGGCUGAGAAGAACUAUGAAGAAGCUAUCAAAGCUUACAGAUUUGCUCUGAAACUAGAACCCGAGUCGCAGCCCAUCCAACGCGAUCUCGCUCUUCUCCAAAUGCAAAUGCGGGACUACCAGGGUUAUAUACAGAGCCGCAGCUCAAUGCUUCAGUCGCGGCCAUCAUUAAGACAGAAUUGGACAGCGUUGGCGAUUGCUCAUCAUCUUGCGGGAAACCUGACCGAGGCCGAGAAUGUUCUCAAUACCUACGAAGAGACACUGAAGACACCUCCCUCAAGGGCCGAUAUGGAGCAUUCCGAAGCUGUGUUGUACAAGAAUACCAUCAUUGCGGAGUCUGGGGAUCUUGAAAGAGCGUUAGAACAUCUCGACACCGCUGGAAAGCGUUGCUCGGAUGUUCUUGCUGUCAUGGAAAUGCGAGCCGAUUACCUUCUUCGUCUCGAUCGAAAGUCGGAAGCUGAAGCGGCUUAUAGUGCUCUCAUAGAGCGAAAUCCGGAGAACUCUCACUACUACGACGGUCUCAUCAAGGCAAAGGCAAUUGCUGAUACCGAUCACAAAUCUCUAAAGGCUGUUUAUGACGAGCUAGUCGAGAAGUUUCCCCGCGGUGAUGCUCCCCGACGUGCCCCUCUAGACUUUUUGGAGGGCGAGGAGUUCAGAGCAGCUGCUGAUAGUUAUCUUCAGCGAAUGCUGCGCAAAGGGGUUCCGUCUCUGUUUGCAAAUAUUAAGGUCCUGUACGACCGUCCAGCAAAGCGCGACACCGUCCAAGAGCUUGUCGAGGGAUAUGCAUCGGGAAAUGUACAAACGCAAGUUAACGGUUCGUCCGAGGCACAGAAGACAGGAGACAAAACCACAUUCGAGGCCUCUACUUUCUAUUUCCUUGCUCAACACUAUAACUACUACCUUAGCCGCGAUUUGCACAAGGCUCUGGAAUACGUAGAAAAAGCUAUAAGUCUCGAUCCGAAAUCCGUUGACUAUCACAUGACGAGAGCAAGGAUAUACAAGCACUAUGGAGAUUUCCCCAAAGCGGCAGAGGCCAUGGAGGAAGCCAGGCAGCUUGACGAAAAGGAUCGCCACAUCAACACCAAAGCUGCCAAAUACCGGCUUCGUAAUGACCAGAACGACAAAGCACUCGAAGACAUGAGCAAAUUCACCAGAAAUGAGACUGUUGGCGGUCCUCUUGGCGAUCUUCAUGAAAUGCAAUGUGUCUGGUAUCUGACGGAAGAUGGGGAGUCCUAUCUAAGACAGAAAAAGCUCGGUCUUGCACUGAAGCGUCUCCAUGCAGUCUUCAAUAUCUUCGACGUUUGGCAAGAAGAUCAAUUCGACUUCCAUAGUUUUUCGCUACGGAAGGGUAUGGUCCGAGCCUAUGUUGAUAUGGUUCGAUGGGAGGAUCACUUGCGAGACCACCCCUUUUAUACACGAAUGGCAUUGUCUGCUAUCAAGGCAUAUGUCCUAUUGCAUGACCAACCUGAUCUCGUUCAUGGACCAAUGUUCGCAAAUCUUAGUGAUGUAGACGAAGAAGAGAGGAAAAAGGCGAUCAAGAAGGCUAAAAAAGAGCAACAACGGUUGGAGAAAGCGGAGGCAGAAAAACAGGACUUGAAAAAGGCCAGUGCCGCAAAUGCUAAGGGUGCUGAUGGUGAGGUGAAGAAGGAGGACACCGAUCCUCUAGGCACCAAGCUGGUUCAAACCAAAGAACCUCUGAAAGAUGCACUCAAAUUCCUCACACCACUGCUGGAAUUCAGCCCCGGUGAUAUCCGCGCACAAACUGCCGGUUUUGAAGUAUACAUAAGAAGACAAAAAUACGCUCUUGCCUUGAAAUGUCUCCUAGCUGCACAUGCCAUCGAUCCUUCUCAUCCAACACUACAUGUUCAGCUCGCACGCUUCCGGCUCGCACUCAAUAGCCUGUCGGAGCCACUACCAGAGAAAAUAUCAGACGUGGUCUUGAAUGAAUUCGAAGCCAUUCUUCCGAAAUCCACAAACCUAGAGGACUGGAACAAUUCCUACCUAACGUUUCAUAAGGACAGCGUCGACCAUGUGCGCGCCGCACUCUCUACCCGCCUGCUCCUUACUCCCGCUGCGAAGGCAGAAUGCGAAAAGGAGUUUGUGUCCACGAUCGACCUCGAAAGCACAACUUUGGAAAAGGCUAUUUUGGGCUUGGAGACAUUGGCGGACGAGUGGAAGAGUGACGCGGCUGUCAGAGAAGCAUACAAGGAAAAGGCCCACAACAAGUGGAAGGAAGCCUCUUCGUUUAUAUCUAACCAGUCAUAG